UUGCUACGAAUAAGCCCUUGUGAUUAUUGUGGUUUAUAAAUCCUGUGUGCCGACUCAGUUCGUGCGUGGGAUACACACUCCAAUCGCCAUGGGAUAUUUUUCAGUAUCUCUAUAAAAUAUUAAAUGCUCUCUCACCUACUUCCUUCUGCAACUGGUGGUAAACAGAAGAAGAAGACAGAGCCAGAGAGAGAGAUAUGAUCUGAUCUCAUUUCACUUUCAUUCUUCUGCGGGGGAAAUUUAAUUGUAUUUCACUUUGAAUUCUCUCUCCAUUUACUCAUCAAGAGAGAUAUUAAUAUACUACUCAUAAGCUACUUGACCCUCACAAAAGUAGAGAGUGAGGAACUUUUUUUUUUAGAGUGAGGAACUAUGUUUGCGGCGGAGAACGGGCUCAAAGGAGAUCCAAGGCUUGAAGCUAUAUCAGCAGCCAUUAGAGUCGUUCCUGAUUUCCCCAAGAAAGGGAUUAUGUUUCAGGACAUAACAACGUUGCUGUUGGAUCACAAGGCCUUUAAACAUACAGUUGAUAUCUUUGUUGAUCGCUACAAAGACAUGCAAAUCUCUGUUGUUGCCGGAGUCGAAGCACGAGGUUUCAUGUUUGGUCCAUCCAUUGCUUUAGCCAUUGGCGCAAAGUUUGUCCCUUUGCGUAAACCCGGAAAAUUACCUGGGAAAGUCAUAUCGGAGUCAUAUGAGCUCGAGUAUGGACAUGACUGUUUAGAGAUGCACGUUGACGCCGUUGAGCCACGAGAACGCGUCAUUAUCAUUGAUGACCUUGCCGCUACCGGUGGCACACUCUCCGCCGCUAUUAGCCUCAUGGAAAGCCAGGGAGCUGAAGUUGUGGAAUGUGCUUGUGUUAUCGGCUUACCUGAAGUCAAGGGGCAACACAAGCUGAAAGGGAAGCCGCUCUAUGUGCUGGUGGAGCCUAGUGGAUUGGAUAAAUUCUGAGUAGGAUACACCCGGUUAAUUCCGGUCCAGUUUUCUCCUCCUGCAGAGAUUAUGUUGUUUAAAAUUUUUGCUCUCUCUCUCUCUUUCAUUGUCUUGUAGGUUAUGGUGGAUCAGUAACCUUUAUCUUAAUCAAUUUUAUAGCCUU